AUGUCACCAGAAGAUGAGGAUAGAAAGUUUGAAUUGCGUGCUACAUUGGGUCGUCCAUUGAGAAACUAUUGGACUGUGGCUAUAUUGCAGUGUUGCAUAGAUUCCAUUGUGGAUCCUCGAAGAGACGGGGAAAGUCGUACAACUCCAAGAAAUGGUGUUGCAGCUGGAAAUGGUGAAGGUGGUGUUAUUCCUAAAGGAGAAGAAUGUGUAGGGUGUUGUUUUGGCUUCUCAUAUGGGCCAAAAGGUGGGAGAAAUCAGCAGGGAGUUUCUCCUCCUCCUCCACCCCUUGCUGGAAAUGUUGAAGCUCCAAUAAAUGGAAAUGGUGAAGAUGUUGCUGUUGGAAAUGGUGAAGGAAAUGGUGAAGGUGUUGCUGUUGGAAAUGGUGAAGGAAAUGGUGAAGGUGUUAUUGCUGGAAAUAGUGAAGGUGUUGCUGCUGGAAAUGGUGAAGGUGUUGCUACUCGAAAUGGUGAAGGAAACGAUGAAGGUGUUGCUGCUGGAAAUGGUGAAGGUGUUGCUGAUCCUGAAGGAGAAUAUUGUGUGGGGUGUUGUUUUGGAUUCUCAUGUGGGCCAAAAGGUGGGGGAAAUCAGCAAGGAGUUUCUCCUCCUCAUCCUCCACCUCCUGUUUCUAUAUAA